AUGGCACUGGCGCAAGCAGCGCCAUGUAUUCGGCGUGUCAACCAGCUCCAUGACCCAAACAAUGCCCAGGGUCUUUACCCUCCAGAUGCUCUGCUCUUUGUUGCCAAUUUGUCUACCCAGCGCUCUAUUGAGCAACUGCAAGAGGCAUGCGAAGGUGUCUUUGGAUCCUAUUGUCCUUGCCAUACGAAGGUCAAACACGACAAGAAUGGGCAUCCUUACGCCUUUGUCCAAUUCCAUAACAUCAACGAUGCCCACGUAGCCGUCGAAGGCUCUAAGGACUUAUCGCUAAGUGGUCGUAAGAUCCGAAUCGAGUUUGCUAAAGCAGAGCGUGCUGUGAUUCUUUCCCGUAUCGACGGGUAUGCCAUCUCAAUGAAUGAAGCAAUGAAAGCUCUGGAGGUUUACGGCGCCAUUGAAGCCUGUAAGCCUAGCAGCCUAGGAUGGCAGACGAUAUAA